UUGCUUUAAACUCUAGGGGGACUGUUGAAAACUGUUGCUGAGAUACCUGGAGGACUGAGAGAUGGCCUUAAGGAGAUUGAAGUUUCUUUGUCUAAGUGGAAGAAGAAGCACAUUCAUGAAUUGCAGAUAACAAAGUCAGUAUGUGUUGUAGUAUUAAAACUUCUUCGUGGCAGCAUUACACUCCCAAAUUUUGCUGAGAAGUAUCAAAUUCGGAGCUUUUGUUUGAAAAGUGCAGUCUUGCUUUUCUCUACUGUCUCGAGUUCAUCCAAACUGCACUCUCAAGGGAUGACACCAAUAGAGGUGUUGGUAAUUGAUGAAGCUGCUCAGCUUAAAGAAUGCGAAUCCACUAUUCCUUUGCAGCUACCCGGUCUUUGCAACGCUAUACUAAUUGGAGACGAGAAACAAUUGCCAGCAAUGGUUCAGAGCAAGAUUUGCGAGAAGGCUGAUUUUGGGAGGAGCUUGUUUGAGAGGCUGGUUAAAUUAGGACACAGAAAGCACCUCCUCAACAUUCAAUACAGAAUGCAUCCCUCAAUUAGUUUGUUCCCAAAUAAGAAGUUCUAUGAUGAGAAGGUCAUGAAUGGUCCAAAUGUGAUGAAAAUAGGAUACGAGAAGCGAUUCCUCAGAGGAAACAUGUAUGGAUCUUUUUCUUUCAUCAACGUAAGCCAAGGAAAGGAGGAGCGUAAUGGCAAAAGGAGUAGUAAAAACAUUGCAGAAGUUUUUGCAGUAGCUGAGAUUGUUGCUAUGCUGUAUAGAGAAUCUCUAGCUUCAAAACAACGACUUCGCGUUGGCUGCAUUUCACCAUAUAAGGCUCAGGUUUUUGCAAUUCAAGAAAAGCUUGGCAAGAAAUACAGCACAGAUGAGGACAGCAAGUUCUCUGUGAAUGUUCAGUCUGUGGAUGGGUUUCAAGGCGGAGAAGCAGACGUGAUCAUCAUAUCUACAGUGCGGUCUAAUGCAAGGGGAACCGUGGGCUUCUUAUACUGCCUUUGGGUAUUAGGCAACAGUGAGACCUUGAUCGGUAGUGGUUCAGUUUGGAGGGACUUAGUAAUGAAUUCUAAGGCGCGCGGUUGCUACUACGAUGCCUGCAGUGACAAGAACCUGGAACAAGCAAUUGCAGAUUCAUCUGAUGACUUAACAACUAAUCUUUCUGCAUUGAGCCUUAGGGAUGAAUCUGGAUUUUCUUCCGAAUCCUUUUUGAAAUGGGAGGACCUUCUCACUUAG